AUGUUUUUACAUUUUCUUCGAAUUAUCGAGCUAACUGUGACCUUAUCUGUCCCUCUGUCGCACGCUCCUGGAAGUGAUUUCCACGAAGAAGAAGUUGGAGUGAUAACGGAUCCAGAGAUGCUUUUAAAAGGAGGUCAAGACUAUGAAGCGACCAUUGUACGAACUCGACCAAAACCAUCGACAAUCCAUGACAAAAUGGUGGAUUGGAGAGUUAUCUGUGCACAUCCAGUAGGCGAG